AAUGGGGGGAGAGAAACAAGAGGCGAAGACCCGCUGGCAUCACUGGCGGGCCGGCCAGUGUCGCGACAUCUAUGGUAUUAUCAUACUUGAAUGCAAUAUUUCCCCCGAAAGAACACCUUAAAGCUUUGUCGCCGAGCAGGGGAAUGAGAACGACAGAAUGGAUGAUGCUUCUUCUUUAAAUGGGGAGAAACCGUGGACAAGAGACGAAGGGAAAAAAGUGCAGCAGUGGUGAGAUUUCCGUCCAUGGCAGCAUGGUAAGCGGAGGUUCCAUCGAAUAGGAGAGAGGUUGCCAUGGUGACCCUGUAGCAGCAGCCCAUUAACUAAGAUCUGUUGCCUUGGUGACAUCAUAAAAAGACACAGGUACCUUAUUUCAAUUUGUUGCCAUGGCGAUGCCAUAACGAGGUCCUUCAAAAUAAAAAGCGGCCGCUACGUUGAGCCUGAAGCAAGCAGUCGCAUCCUGCACGCUAGUUUGUCAUUAUGGGAACUUCCAGGAUGUUUCGCAUUUUUGUAGUGUUGGGCUCCGCCUUCAUGAUUCUUCUGAUCAUCCUCUACUGGGACGACGUCGGAGCGUCCCGUCUGUAUUUGCACACCCCUUUCUCACCGGACCCCAAAAUUGCACAUCCUGCUCCAGGGCGACGGCAACAACAACAACAACAACAACAACAACAACAAAAACAGCAACAGAAGCAGCCGCCUCAAACCCCCCGAACUCUGUCCUUCUUGUCCGACAUCGAUGCCUUUGUAAACCAGUUCUUAGAGCCUGGAACUGGUGAGCCUACAGACCCCAUGCUGGCAGAAACAAGCAACCAAUCAGAGAAGGCAGAAGAGCGAUAUGUACCAAGGCAGGAGUGGAAAAUCCAUGAGACGCCAGUAGCACCAGAACUCCGCCAGAGACAAGCGAACCGGAAAAAGUUGCUUGAGGAUGUUUGUGCCAACGACAGCCUGCUGUUUCCCGGCAAAAAACGCUCAUUUGACGACAUCCCCAACAAGGAGCUGGAUCAUCUGAUAGUUGAUGACAGGCAUGGUAUUAUCUACUGCUACGUUCCUAAGGUGGCUUGCACUAACUGGAAACGGAUCAUGAUCAUUCUCAGCGAGAGCCUGCUCCACGACGGCCUUCCCCAACAAGACCCUCUGUCUAUCUCCAACAACCAGGCCCACGACAGCAGCAUGCACUUCACAUUUAACAAGUUUUGGAAGCGAUAUGGAAAGUUUUCCAGGCACCUUAUGAAGGUCAAGCUGAAGAAGUACACAAAGUUCCUUUUCGUGCGAGACCCCUUUGUGCGUCUCAUUUCCGCCUACCGGGAUAAAUUUGAGCUGGGCAACGAGAACUUCUACCGCACAUUUGCUCAGGUCAUCCUGCGACGUUACGCCAACCAGCCAACUCCGCCCACCUCUGUGGACGAGGCCCGUGCGGCGGGCAUCCACCCGUCUUUCUCCCACUUUAUCCAGUAUCUCUUGGACCCUCAGACAGAGAAGGACAUGCCUUUUAAUGAGCACUGGCGGCAGGUGUACCGCCUUUGCCAUCCUUGCCAGAUCCAGUAUGACUUUGUGGGCCACUUGGAGACAGCCGAGGAAGACGCAGAGCACUUGUUGCGCCAGCUGCGCGUGGACAAUGUGGUCGAGUUCCCCUCCUCGCAUAGGAACCUGACAGCCAGCAGCUGGGAAACCGACUGGUUCAGCACAGUACCCCUAGAGGCACGGAGGGAACUUUACAAACUGUAUGAACCCGACUUUAGGCUUUUUGGCUUUAACAGACCGGAUUCAAUCCUCAAUGUGUGAGUCUCACACACUCAAGCCACAUAAAAAUAUUUAUUAUGUGGGACGCUCAGCUGCUUAAGCACACAAACCCAUCACUCGAGACUGACGUUUUCGGGGAAGAUUUACAAAAACACAGCACACAAAGAAGUGUGGCAUUUUUUGCUCUCAGAUUGUCGGAUUAGCCGCUUGCAAUCGGACACACGUUCAGUGUUGCACUACAGUGUGUUUAUUUCCCACGGUGCAAGCAUGGAAGGUUUUAACUGGUGAUGGACUUCCAUCCUGUCAGCCUUCAGCAUGUCUAAUUAUUAUAUCACUUGUGGCAUUUAGCAGCUUGCUUAGGCCACAUUGUAGCAAAGUAGCAUCAUGUUGGCUCUUUGGAGUUGUCUCACCUCGUCUUUGUUCGUCUUGGUAAAAAUUCCAGUGGAUGAAAAAAACAAAAAUCAACAGGAGUCUGUAACAAUGCCAAACGUUGUUGUUCUGUAGUCUUGAACGUGGAUCUCAACCAUGCCUGAUGAAGUACAGGACAAAAUAGUGCCUUCGGUUGCAAACGUUUACACCUUAAAAUGUAUUUUUGUAGAGGGGUUCACACAAUACAGUUGCCGCGCUCUAUUUGAUAUUCUAAGCCGAUUUGAGAUGAACCGGAGUCAGCCGGUGAUGUCCAACUGUUUUGGACCUCGUGAGAUCUGUUAAAAGGAUUAUGCAAGAGUACUGUUCGUGGUUUGUACUGUACUGAUGAUGUCAUGAACACCACGUAUGUCGUCUCACAUUGCCUUUUCUUUUUAUACAACGGAGGCUAUUUUUAUUGGAUGUUCUGUUUUGUCUUUUACAGUGCACAGUAUGUGAUUAUCCCAUGUGAUUUUUAAA